AUGGUCACAGAAAAUUCCAAGAAGGAAGAAAGCAAUACAUUUUCAUGGCGUAGUCUCUUUUGGGCCGAACCAACACGAAGUACGGUGCAUAAAAAAUCCAAUAAAGAGGACGAAUACUCGGCGAAAUCUGCAAUAAGUUGUCCUGUUGUUGGCACAUCUGAUAAUGAGGCAGUUUGUCCAAUGGGAUACGGAAAGCAAGGCUCUAACGGGGGUACGGAUGCCAUGGAAUGCCCGGUGAGCGAAGAGGCACGUAACGUGUGGCUGGCAGCGGGAAGAAAAGCAGCGAAAAGAAGAGCUGUGAAAACAAAUGAAGAAUGCUCAUCGGACAGUUUGAGUGACAUGGAAAACCCAGCAUUAGGGCCAAACGAGGUGCCUUUGAAUACCGAUCUGUCGAAUAAGAGGGAAAUUUCGUCGAUCCCACGGACGGGCAAGGAUGAAAAUUGGGUUUAUCCCUCUCAACAGCAGUUUUUCCGUGCCAUGAAGAGAAAACAAUGGGAACCAGAGGCCCAGGACAUGAAGGCAGUUGUUCCGCUUCAUAAUAUGGUUAAUGAGGUUGCCUGGAACUACAUAAAAUUCUGGGAACAGGGCCAGGGUGGCGAAAAGUGCGGCGGAAUCAAGUUGACGUCGUUUAAAGGAAAUUCGCAUAAGCUAACUCCACGCGCAUUUUUGGGACAUUAUAUUUUCGGCAAGGACUUGCCAUUCGACCGCCACGACUGGACCAUAGACAGGUGUGGCAAAAGAGUGGAUUACGUGAUCGAUUUCUACUCCAAAAUGCCUGACAAGGACUCAUCCAGCACAGAGCCUACAUUCUAUCUAGAUGUGAGGCCAAAGCUCAAUACAUUUGAAGGUGUGAGGCUCCGGGUUGUCAAGGCAUUCGAGAACUGA